CCCCGCGCGAGCGCCUCUUAUGAUCAGCUCGGUGUGCGUCUCCUCCUACCGCGGGCGCAAGUCGGGGAACAAGCCUCCGUCCAAAACAUGUCUGAAGGAGGAGAUGGCCAAGGGCGAGGCGUCGGAGAAGAUCAUCAUCAACGUGGGCGGCACGCGACAUGAGACCUACCGCAGCACCCUGCGCACCCUCCCGGGCACCCGCCUCGCCUGGCUGGCCGACCCCCAUCCCGACCCCCCACCCCCACCCCCCACCCCCAUCCCGACGGCGACGGCGACGGACGGCGACGGCGGGGCGCGGCCCGGGCCCGAUGGCGGCGGCGGCGGGGGCCGCGAGUUCUUCUUCGACCGGCACCCGGGCGUGUUCGCCUACGUGCUCAACUACUACCGCACCGGCAAGCUGCACUGCCCGGCCGACGUGUGCGGGCCGCUCUUCGAGGAGGAGCUCACCUUCUGGGGCAUCGACGAGACGGACGUGGAGCCCUGCUGCUGGAUGACCUACCGGCAGCACCGCGACGCCGAGGAGGCGCUCGACAUCUUCGAGAGCCCGGACGGGGGCGGCGGGGCGGCGGGGCCCGGCGAGGAGGCGGGCGAGGACGAGCGCGAGCUGGCCCUGCAGCGCCGGGGGCCGCACGACGGGGGCGCGGGCGCCGGGCCCGGGGGCUGCCGCGGCUGGCAGCCCCGCAUGUGGGCGCUCUUCGAGGACCCCUACUCCUCCCGGGCGGCCAGGGUGGUGGCCUUCGCCUCUCUCUUUUUCAUCCUGGUCUCCAUCACCACCUUCUGCCUGGAGACCCAUGAGGCCUUCAACAUUGACCGCAACGUGACAGAGAUCCACCGGGUGGGGAACACUACCAGCGUGCACUUCCGGCGGGAGGUGGAGACAGAGCCCAUCCUGACCUACAUCGAGGGGGUGUGUGUGCUGUGGUUUACACUGGAGUUCCUGGUGCGCAUCGUGUGCUGCCCCGACACGCUGGACUUCGUCAAGAACCUUCUCAACAUCAUUGACUUUGUGGCCAUCCUGCCCUUCUACCUGGAGGUGGGACUGAGCGGCCUGUCAUCCAAGGCGGCCCGAGACGUACUGGGCUUCCUGCGUGUGGUGCGCUUCGUCCGAAUCCUGCGCAUCUUCAAGCUCACGCGCCACUUUGUGGGGCUGCGCGUGCUGGGCCACACCCUGCGUGCCAGCACCAACGAGUUCCUGCUGCUCAUCAUCUUCCUGGCCCUGGGCGUGCUCAUCUUCGCCACCAUGAUCUACUAUGCUGAGCGCAUUGGCGCCAGGCCCUCUGACCCGCGGGGCAAUGACCACACUGACUUCAAGAACAUCCCCAUCGGCUUCUGGUGGGCCGUGGUCACCAUGACGACCCUAGGCUAUGGGGACAUGUACCCCAAGACGUGGUCAGGCAUGCUGGUUGGGGCGCUGUGUGCACUGGCUGGCGUGCUCACCAUCGCUAUGCCCGUGCCGGUCAUUGUCAACAACUUCGGCAUGUACUACUCCCUGGCCAUGGCCAAGCAGAAGCUGCCUAAGAAAAGAAAGAAGCACGUGCCACGGCCGCCCCAGCUUGAGUCACCCAUUUACUGCAAGUCGGAGGACACCUCACCCCGGGACAGCACCUACAGUGACGCCAGCCCCCCUGCCCCAGAAGAGGGUAUGGUUGAGAGGAAACGGGCAGACUCCAAGCAGAAUGGCGAUGCCAACGCGGUGCUGUCAGACGAGGAGGGAGCUGGCCUCACCCAGCCCCUGGCCUCUGCCCCCACCCCUGAGGAGCGCCGGGCCCUGCGACGCUCUGGCCCCCGAGACAAAAACAAGAAGGCAGCGGCCUGCUUCCUGCUCAGCGCUGGGGACUAUACCUGUGCCGAUGGUAGUGUCCGGAAAGAGACCUGCCACGACGCCCUCUCGCCCAGCUAUGCCCAGGCUGAAGUCCUCACCCUCUCUUAAGCGGCACCAACGUGAGAGAGGCAGGCAGACAGACAGAAAGCCAAAGGCUUAGGGAAACUCUGGAACCCUGGCAAGAAUCAUUCAGAGAUCCUUGUUUGCACAGGACUGACGGAAAACCUCCCGUGUGACCCUCCGGGCCCAGAGCCAUCUGGGUCCGAUGUUCUGUUCUGUUGUGCCCUGAAGAGAUAUAUAUGCACAUAUGAUAUCUAUAUUCAUACCUGCUAUACUUGUGUGUGUAGUGCACGUGCUAUUGGUGGUCUGUCUUCCCUGUGGGGCUCUGUCUCCGAGCCGAUGCCCCACCCCCAGGCCCCCCGCCCUUCUGCUCACUGACGCCUUGUUUCUGCUGAACGCCCACGUGGAAUGUCCCAGGGAGAGAGCCUCUGGGGACUGCCAGUUCCCAGCCUGGACUCGCCCUCUUGGGGUUGUUUCCCCGGUGGCCGGUGGUCUGUGGAAGGCCUGCCUGCCCACCCUCACCCCCUGCCCUGGGUCACUGCUCCACCAGCCCCACCCCACCCCAGAUUGGGGUUCUACCUCCCACCCCACACCCCAGUUCUGGGGGGACUUUUAGGGGCUCCUCUCCUGCAGCUUCUUCCACCUUCUCUGUGUCUUGGACUGAGGGGGUAUUUCAUCUUUUCUUAUUUUGGGGUAUUUGUUCUGUCCUCUUCGUCCAUUUGUUUUCAAAGAUGCUGCUGGGCAGACGGGCAGGAAAGGGGCCUGUCUGCCCAUCCGGCUCAGGGGUCUGAGAAGGGGAAGCCUCGGGCGAGUGGAGACCAGUUACAAUACUGUCCUUCCUGGCCGGUGGCCAGAGGCUGCGUGCAAUAGCAGAGGCCGGGUGACCCUUUCGACCUUGGCCUCUGCCCCUCCCUCGGGCCUCCUGCCCUGCUGCCCCGCCCCGCCUCGGCCCUCCCUACUGUUGGUCAGUCCUUGUCCACAGCUGUCCCCUGGUGUGUGUCUGGGGCAUGCCUAGGCCGGGCCCUGCGCCCUGUCUGCAUGCCUCCCCUGUCACGCUGUGCUCGAGCCCCAAUAAAGACAUCUGGAGCAUCCUGCUGCUCCUGCCGCGAG